AUGCUUAUCAAAGAUAUAGUCCAGCAAUUGAUAGAUGACAAUUUGAUUAAUUGUGAAAAAUGUGGUACGACAAACUUAUAUUGGUGUUUCAAAUUUGAUAAGAUUAAAACUUUACAAACUCAGUAUAAUAACUACCAGAACAAACUUAAAGAGAAACAAUUAGAAAGGGACCAGUUUGUUGAGAAAAUUCAACUGGGCAAGUUGCAAAGACUUGUAAAGAGCGAAUUUGGUAACAGACAUAAAUUGAUAGAACAAUUCACAUGUCUCAGUAACCGCAAACUACAUUUAGAAGAAGAAUUGCAAAAAUACGGCGAUAACGAUCCCCAAAUGAUUGAGUCAUUAAAUGAAAAGAAUGUGCGUCUAAUACUGGCAAUUGAAACGUUUACGGAUGAUAUCGAAUCGAUGAUUUACUAUUUCACCAAAGUAUCCUCAGCUACUAUCGAAGAGCUGGAUUUGAGAAACGAGCUAGGAAUUCCUUCAGAAUUUGCUGAAUUACCGAAAAUGUAA